GGGGAAUUGUGUUACUGAGACACUGGCCCGACUCUGUUCCUUCCUCCCGCCGUUGCUCUCAUCCCUGCAAUGGCAUCUGGGUUGGUGAGGUUGCUUUUGUCGGGGCCUCGCUGCCUACUGGCUUCGCCCGCCCCCAAAUUAGCCCCGCCGGUUCGGGGCAUGAAGAAGGGAUUCCGUGCUGCUUUCCGCUUCCAGAAGGAGUUGGAGCGGUGGCGCCUGCUCCGGUGCCCGCCACCGCCCGUGCGCCGUUCAGAGAAGCCCAACUGGGAUUAUCAUGCUGAAAUACAAGCAUUUGGACAUCGGUUACAGGAAACCUUUUCCUUAGAUCUUCUUAAAACUGCAUUUGUUAAUAGCUGCUAUAUUAAAAGUGAGGAGGCCAAACGCCAAAAACUUGGGAUAGAGAAAGAAGCCGUUCUUCUCAAUCUUAAAGAUAAUCAAGAACUAUCUGAACAGGGGACUUCUUUUUCACAAACUUGCCUCACACAGUUUCUUGAAGACGCAUACCCAGACUUACCCACUGAGGGCAUCAGAAGUCUUGUUGACUUUCUUACUGGUGAGGAAGUCACGUGCCAUGUGGCUAGAAACUUGGCUGUGGAGCAGUUAACCCUGAGUGCAGAAUUUCCAGUCCCCCCAGCUGUAUUAAAGCAGACUUUCUUUGCAGUUAUCGGAGCCCUGCUACAAAGCAGUGGACCUCAGAGGACUGCACUUUUCAUCAGGGACUUCUUAAUUACACAGAUGACUGGAAAAGAGCUCUUUGAGAUUUGGAAGAUAAUAAAUCCUAUGGGACUACUGGUAGAAGAGUUAAACAAAAGGAAUAUUUCUGCUCCUGAAUCUAGACUUACUAGGCAGUCCGGAAGCACCACAGCUUUGCCGUUAUAUUUUGUUGGCUUAUACUGUGAUAAAAAGUUGAUUGCAGAAGGACCUGGGGAAACAGUACUGGUUGCAGAAGAAGAAGCUGCUCGAGUGGCACUCAGGAAACUGUAUGGAUUCACUGAGAAUAGACGACCCUGGGACUAUUCCAGGCCCAAAAAGAAUUCGAGAGCAGAAAAAAACAUCACUGCCAGCUAACAGACCAAGAUGUGGAACCUAAAAUUUGUGAGGAAAACAAUGAGACAAAUGUCAAAGACGUUCAAAGUCAGACGUUUUUUUAAAUUGUAAAGAAAUAUGUCUCAUUGUCCAUCUUGUGUUCUUAAAAUUUAAAAAGUGCUAAUCCGGUCACCAUGAGUUGGAAAUCGACUCCACAGCAACAGGUUGUUUUUUUUUUUAAAUUGAUUUUGUCAAAAAUCUUUUUUUGACUCUUUCCAAGAACUAUUUCCUAAAGCCCUUGAUUUUAUUGUUGUAUAUAACUUGUACAGUUAGGUAUAUUUUAUUUCCUGCUAGCUGUGAGGUAUUAUAAUUGGAAUAUAUGUUUUAUGUGAACUUUGCUGUAAUACCAAUAAAAAAGUUGCUCUUUCAA